AUGGCGCAGGAGCAGGCGCCGCCGGGGGUGCGCCGUUGGGCGUGGGCACAGUACGCCGGCGCGCCGCUGUGGCAUCAGCGGCGCGUGUGGGGCCGGGUGAUUCAGGAUCCGACUGAUGCCCGCUGGUCCCCCCUGCGGGUGCUGAUCUCGACGCCGGAUGGCGAUGUAUACGAGGAGCUGUACGACAUGUCUGAUGGGACUUUGGCUGCGGUUCGCUUCGAGGACGACCGGCGCACCCGGCCAGCUGGCCUGGAGGUUGGGAACCUCUACCGCUUCCGGCGCGCGCUGACGGCGGCCGAGGAGGUGGCCAUCAGGAACGAGGUGGACGCCUACGCCCGCGACGUGUUCCUCGACGCGGAGCGCGCGGCCGGGCGGCCCGGGGUGGUGCCUCCGGCGGGGGCUGCCGUCUACUUCACGUUCGCGGCCGCGGCUGGUGGCGCUGCCGCGCCUGGGCCCGCCCCCGCCGCCCCUGCCGCCGGGGGAGGGGCAGCUGUGGCCGCCGCGCUGGCUGUGGUGCCGGCUGGCCCCGCCGCGCCCGCGGCUGGACCGCCUGCUGGUGCCGCCCCAGUUGCGGCAGCAGCCGCGCCGCUCGCCGCUGCUGGAGCUCCCGCAGGCCCCUUGGGGCCGAAUGCCGUGCCUGGGGCUGACGGACAGUGGGUCUACGUCGAGACCACGACGGCGGCCCGGCGCGGGGACCCUGUCACGAUGGACGGGACGGAGCUCGUCCGGGGGGCUAUCGGCCUGAAGCAGGACGCUGGCGGGAGCUGGUCGGCCAUCCGGCUGAUCACGACCUCGCAGGCCGCCUACCGAGGCGCCGAGGCCCUCGCUGAUGCCCGCCUCCAGCCUGUGGCCCUGCUUAGUGACGGCUCGCGGCAGCGCGUGCAGUUCCACGAGAGUGUCGACAGGCUCCGCGAGGAGCCCUUCCCCGACUGGCCGCUGGACGGCCCAAGGACCACGCUAUGGUGCCUCCGCUUCUUGGACAGGAAGCGCGGAGGGGCCAUCGAGCACUUCCACCAGUUCGUGUCCUACUACCGGCUGUCCCGCGAUGACUUCGGGGUGACGCACUACGAGUCCAUCAUGCGGAUGGUCGACUACCUGAUGACGUGGGACCUCCUCGACUUGCCCAACGUGGUGGGCGUCGAGGUCAUGCUGCGGCAGGCGCAGCUGUACGAGUACAUGUACGCCAUGGAGUACGAGGCGCGCGACUCGGGCGCCUCAACUGCUGCGACUCUCGAGGGGGCUUCGCGGAUAUGGCCUCCCGCGCUGCAGAUGUACAUGGGGCCCAGCCAGCUCGUCAGCGACGGCAUCGGGAUCUCUUUCCGCUUCCUGUGCCCGCCGAUGGUCGUCGACGCCAUCCGCGCCAUGAAUGAGAUGUACACUGGUUCGAGCUGUCCGCGGGCUACUGGCCUCACUGGCCCUACGACCGCCCAGCAGGAGGCUCUGGCGGUGAUCCAGGAGGCCGUCGACGCCUUCGGAGUGCCCCCGCCCGACCUCACUCCCGCAGGAGCCCUCGAGGAGCUCCGCGUCGCGCAGUCAUACGACCAGGAGUCUGCCGUGAUUGCGCCGGUGACCUUCGACCGCGUCGAUCUGAUCUCCCUGCCGAGCGUGGGCUCCGAACCGAAGUCCUUGUCUGCGCUCAUCGGGGACGACAGCAUGAGUAUUGGUCAUCGCCUUCAAGAACUACUUUUGCCCCGUGAGCGGGGGCUUGCCCGGCGGGUCCUGGUGGAUCGCCUGCCUGCCCCUGUCGUCGACUCGGGCGUUGUUCAUGCCGAAUACGUCGACAACUUCGUUGCGCUGUCGCUAUCGGAGGCCUCUGCUAUUGCUGCUGCCCGUCAGGUCGAUCAUCAUAUGCGUGCUGUGGGACUGCCUACUCACGGGGUGGAGAGCGGUGUGGGCGGGGAGACUCUUGGCUGGUCCUUCGACUCGAACUCGCCCGUGAUCUCGCUCAACCCCAGGCUUAGGUGGAAGCUGUACCUUGGGAUUCAGGAGGUCCUCCGACGUGGGUUCUGUUCUGGAAAGGAGAUGGUGAGGAUCGUCUCGCACAUCACGUCCAGGGUGCUCAUUAGGAGGGAGCUCCUCUCGUGCCUGGGGGCCGUCUACAAGUUUGGGGAGGUAUGCCACAAUCGCACCGCUAAGCUCUGGCCCGUCGUCCGUCGUGAACUACGCUGGGCUCGGGCUCUCCUCAUCUUCUGCAGCAGGGACCUCGGGUUGCCCUUCGACACCACCCUCACGUGCCUGGAUGCGUCGUCUUGGGGUUUUGGAGUUACCCAGCGGGAGGUCUCUGAGGACUCGGUCAAGCGUCUGGCCCGGUACAACGAGCGUUGGAGGUUCUCUCGAGAAGCUGAGCGCCGACGCCUUGGGCCCCGAGCCGCUGCUGUCCCUGGUCAAGGCUCCUCAGGGGCCGUCCCGGACGGGCCCGAAGUCUCCGACGUGGACCCUAGCUUCGAGGAGGUCCCGCCCGACAUCUGGAGGGACCACUGGCACCCGGUCCUCUCGGUGCCCUGGCGGCGCCCAGCCCCUCAGGUCAUCCUGGAGGCCAGGUCCGGCGUGAUGGCGCUUAAGCACAAGCUUCGCUCCAAGAGGUCCUUUCGGAAGGCCCACGUAAUGCUGAACGAUGCCAUGGCCCCCAUCUUGGCUCUGGCAAAGGGGCGGUCUUCGGCGCCCGCCCUCCUCGCCGUCUGCCGGCAGGUGGCAUGUCUGCUGCUGGCCUCAGGCUCGGCGGCGUACUGGAGGUGGCUGCCGUCCGAGUUCAACUCUGCCGACCCAGCAUCACGGAACCGGCCUGGUGCUAGGCCCGAGGCGUGGUAUGCUCCAGCGAGCGCAGCUGCGCUGUCCUGGGGGGACCAGGCGGACCGCCGAGUUGCCAGGAGGCGCGCCUUCCCCGCCGCCACCACGGCGGCGACCUCGGGCUCGCUGACCUUCCUGGAGACGCAGGCCGUGGGGGAGGCGACCCGCCGGGACUAUGCCGACAGGGUCUCGAAGUUCACGAGGUGGGCGACCUCGGUCCGGCUGCCGAUCGGGGAGGUGCCCGAGCUGGACGUCGCCCUGGUGACCUUCUUCAACCAGCUGUUCUUCGACGGCUACCCGAGCGAGGAGGCGACGAAGUACAUGGCGGCACUGGCUCAUUGCCGCGCGGCGCCCGGCCGGCUGCAGGUGGCCUUCCCGAGGGCCGCUCGUGCUGCGAAGGGCUGGGCCCGGCUGCUGCUCAGCCUGACGCGCGAGCAGGUGAUCCCGCCUGCCGAGGGCGCCCCUCCGGGGCGAACCUUCCUGAACUUCUGGUCGGUGGUCCUGCAUCCGAUGGAGUGCGCUCAGCCUUCGAAGACGGGAGUCUACGACGAGGGCCUCCUUCUGGACAGCCCGGAGUUCACCUGGCUGCCACCGCUGCUGCAGGCGCUGCGGGCCCGAGCCGCGCCAGGCGGCCGCGUCUUCGACAUGAGCUACAACCAGUGGGCCCUGGUCUUCAGGCGUGCUGCGACAGCGCUGCACCUCGGCGUCCUGGGGCCGCCGACGCUCUACACCCUCCGACACGGGGGGGCCUCCCACGAAUACCUCGCAAAGUUCAGAAGCCUCGACGAGAUCAAAAAGAGGGGGAGGUGGGUGUCGGACUCGUCCCUACGGCGCUACACCAAAGGGGGCCGCGUGGCAGAGCAGAUGCGACGGCUUCCGAUCUCCGAGCAGCGCCGCGCCACGCGCCUGAAUCUGGCUCGGUCUGUAGAGGACGCCAGCCAACCCGUGUUCCUGGAAGUGUUCAGCGGGUCAGGGCGCCUCUCUCUGGCGUGGCGGCGUGUCUCCCGCGGCCGCCUGGCCGCCUUUGAGCUGGACCUCAAGCAUGACCCGGCCUCAGACCUUCUGCAGCGCCGA